AUGAGUGUGAUUGAGAACUUGGAUGAGUUCGGUGUGAGAAUCAGAGUUAUAACUGAAAGUCAGCCUGAUGCAAGAUUGGAUCGUUUGUUGAAUCGAAUGAAAUUUGACGAUGCCGAAAUAUUCGCAAAACAGUUCAAUCUAGAUAUGCAAAAGGUGCAUAAAAGUCGUGUGAAUUAUAUGUUGUCGACACUGGCUUGUUGUGAUCACAUGGAACGUGAAGCAUUCAAUGUGUUCAUGCACUACCUCGAUCUUAUUCAGGACCACAAUUGGGUGACUGAGAUUUGCAUUGCUGGUGUGACGCUGUGUCGUUCAUUUGAGUAUAUGAGUGAUUUGUUGUGUUAUGUGGAGAAAAGAGAUAUCACUGAUGAAGAGACACUGGAGAGAUUGUCUCGUCUGCGGUACAAUCUGAGUUCAUAUCGAAUGCUGUAUGGUCCGAAAGCAUCGUUCCUGGAAGACUCGGCAUGGAGUAAAUUCAUUGAGGAUAACGAAUGGAAAGAGAUAUUUUUGCAUUUCUGUGACCGCGGUUAUUUCACUGAAGCGCAGAUCGUUUGGCAAAGAUAUCUGAAAGAAAUGCGCGAUUGGAUGCGAGAUGAAGUGGAUAUAUUCCAACAGAUUAUUGAUAUCAUUCAGUUGGUCAUCUCAGUUGAUAUCACUAAACUGUGGUCAGCAUUGGAACUUCUCGAAACGGCAGUACUUCCAAUAGCACUGACAAGAGAUGCCGAUUCAACGAUAUCGAUUUGUGUGGUAUGGCUAAAAUCGUUGGCUUCCUAUUUGGAGUCACAUCAUCCGUCUGAAUAUCCGACGAAUGCGCUUAAUGCAUUAUCGAUACUGCAACGCGUCAUGCGUUCAAUGAUACAACACGCUAUAACUCCGUCUGAAAUGGCUGAAGUAGCGUAUACAUUACUCAAAACACGAGUGGAUUCAGAGGAUUGUGAAGACUUUAUGGGACAGUUGAAUGUUUACGUGAAAAAUCUGAAGGAAAUGAAAAAAUUGAAAGAAGUUUAUCAAUGUCCGAUGACUUACGAUAAAUUUACGAGUGAGACAGUUGAGUCGAUAUGUUUUUUGAUGUUGGAAAGAGUGAGAAGUGUUCAUUUGAUCAGAGAUAAUAUGGAACGUUUCGCGAAGCCGUACAUGCAAUCUCGACUUCGUUACGAGUGUGAUUUUGCUGCACUCGCGCAGAUUAUGAUUCAAUAUACGAUUCAUUUGGAAACACUAAAAUUGUGCGUGCGAAGUAAGUCGAUGUUUUCGAAUGUGGUCGAAUUCGUUUUCCGUGAAGUUGAAGUGCAAAGCGAUCCAAUGAAACGACUCGAAGAUGCCUUAACGAUUUUUGCACUUCAGAAAGCGUUGCUAAUAAAAUGUCUUUCUCAAAUGGAAGAAGCAGAGAGAAUGAAAGUGAUUCGGAAUAUUCUUGUUCACGUGACUGUGGCUGUUAACUCACCGGUAACGAAUAGAAAUAACGAACUUCGUUCGCGAAAAAUAGCUGCUGCGAUUUGUAUAUUGGAGCGAUUUGCACAAAAGACUGAACGUGAUAGGGAAUUGCUGAUAAAAUUACGAGCGAUUCGUUGUUUGCAUUGCAAAUAUUCAUUGACAGUCAGUUUGGAUACGUUUGAAAAUGAUCGACAAAAAGUGAGACUAUUGAAGGAGUAUAUCGCUGAAAAAUGGAACGCGAAUGCACCGCAAAUGUGGAUUGAAUUAAUCUUCGUGUACGAUACAAUGCGUCGAGUCAUUUCGUCACUCAUUCUCGUAUGCCCUCCCAACUACGCCCAGUUGCAACUGGCAUUGAAUAUAGCAACGUUUGUGGAAAUGUUCAAUGAGUUGAUCACCCAAUGUCUUACGGAUGAACUUUAUCAUUCGGCGGUUAACGGGGAUACGUUGUCAGCAUCAGCGGCAACAAGCAAACACAAACAGUCAGCCGAAUCUUCUCUUGCAAGUCAUUCGGCAGCAGUUAGCGGAACUGAUAUAAUGUGGUGUAUGGAUUCGUUGAUUGGCGUGUACAGUUUCAAAUCAGAUGGUCAGAUUUACGAUCGAUUGGGUGCCGUGCGUGCAGUUGCUCGUAUAGCACGAAGUGUUAUCGCAGAGUUGGAUUUUUUUUUGACUUUAUUCACUUCGUUGGUUGGUGCUCGCAGAAAAUUUGGAUUGUCAAUUUUUAGUGAGAUGGCGAAGAAGGAUACUGGAAUACAGGCUGAUUGGACCGGAUUCCUCGGAUUCUUGAGUGUUAACAAUCAGAAUCUCAUGGAGCUUUGUGCGCGAUUGUUUUUUGCUCGUUUGCAGUGUUUCGAUGAGAAUAUUGCGCAGUUCAGUAGCAAUUUGGAGCAAUGUAUCGGUGCGCUUUGUGAACGCAUUGUAGUGAGCAGUCCAGCUGACUUGUGGCUUGGCGCUAUCGCAUUACUUCAUUUACCUGCUGAAUCACUGCAACCGGCACUUGAGAGACUCCGAAGAUGGGCAACCUCAAGGAAGUCGCCCGAGGCGAUGAUCGCUUUCCUACGAAUUUGUCAGUGCGCGGUUCUUUGCCGUCAGCUCAGUGAUCGCAACAUGCUAGCUACGCUUGAGCAAUAUUAUGCACGUAGUAUUUGGACAAGAAAAUUAUCAGAUUUCGGUGCAACAUUGCCCCAACAAAUUACGCCGUAUAGUGUUGUGAACGAAUUUGUUAGUGCGCGAAUUCCGAUUGCAGUCCUUAACAGGUGA